AUGGCCAAUCAAGAAGAGAACAAUCAGGUAGAGAACAAGCUGUUGAGAGACUAUGCUGCGCCAAGUGCUAGAGGCCUGAGAUCUAGUAUUAGAAGGCCUCCAAUUGAAGCAAAUAACUUUGAACUGAAGCCUGCUUUACUGAAUAUGAUCCAACAACAUCAGUUUGGAGGAGCACCUACGGAGGAUCCAAAUCUUCAUAUGGAAGUGUUUCUGGAAUUCUGUGAAACUCUUAAAUAUAAUGGAGCCUCUGCAGAUGCGAUCAGAUUGCGACUUUUCCCUUUCUCUUUAAGGGACAAAGCACGAGCUUGGUUACAUUCGCUUCCAUCGGACUGUAUCACAACAUGGGAGCAACUCGAGCAGAAAUUUUUAGAUAAGUAUUUUCCACCAAGCAAGACUGCUUCACUCCGUCACCAAAUCACAAAUUUUACGCAAAAAGAUGGAGAAUCUCUUUUCGAAGCUUGGGACCGAUUUAAAGGACUACUGCAGCAAUGCCCACAUCACGGACUGGAGAAAUGGCUCGUAAUCCAUACCUUUUAUAACGGAAUUUCCUACUCUACUAAAGUCUCUUUAGACUCUGCUGCAGGUGGUGCGCUCAUGAACAAAACCUUAGAGGAGGCAUUCGAUAUUAUCGAAAGCGUGGCAUUGAAUCAUCACCAAUGGGCGAUAGAGAGAGAGAAUCCUGUUCGAUUGGCAGGUAAGUAUGAGGUGAGCGCUUUAGAUAGUCUUGCGGCAAAGGUUGAUGCAUUAACCUAUAAAUUUGAAAAUUUUAAUGUUAAUGCUGUUUCUAGUAUCAUCUGUGAGAUUUGUGGAGUGACAGGACAUUCAGCUAUGAAUUGCCAAAUAAUGGUCACGCAACCUACCGGAGCGCAGGUAGAACAAGUUGAUGCGAUAAAUAACUAUGCUCAAAAGCCAAACAACAAUCCGUAUUCAAAUACCUACAAUCCGGGAUGGAGAAAUCAUCCAAAUUUUUCCUACAGAAAUAGUCAAAAUCAAUCCGGGCAGAAUAAUUAUGGAGCGUCUGGAGGAUUUCAGCAAGAGAAGAAGUCUAACUUGGAAGUUAUGAUGGAAAACUUCAUUGCUACCCAAUCGAAACAAAAUGAUGAAUAUCGACAACACAUGGUGGAAUCUAAUCGGAAGCAUUCAGAGACAGCCGAAGCAAUCUCCCAGAUAUCCGGUAAGAUAGAUAAUUUAGCGAAUCAUACUAAAAUGUUGGAAAAUCAACUUGCGCAGGUCGCCGAUUCGCCCUCGAGAGUACCAGGGAGAUUUUCGGGAAGACCAGAAACAAAUCCUGUGGAGCAUUGUAAUGCGAUUACCUUGAGGAGUGGAAAGAGAGUAAAUGAGCUCAAGGAUAACCCAAAGCUAUUUCCGGACAGAGAAGAACACGACCAGGACGUGGUGAUUAGCACGCCCGUGCCAAUCACCGAGAGAUCCUCCAGCGAACAGCACGCCCGUGUCGGAAUGAACAGCACGCCCGUGAAGUUGUAUAUUAACAUUCCAUUCACAGAAGCCUUGCAGCAAAUGCCCACAUACUCAAAAUUUCUGAAAGACAUAUUGACAAACAAAAGGAAAAUUGAGGAGAGCGUAACGGUGGCACUGACGGAGGAAUGUAAUUUUAAACCUUCAGUUGAGAGACAAAGGAGGCUUAAUCCUAACAUGAAAGAAGUGGUCAAGAAAGAGGUUUUGAAAUUACUAGAUGCAGGAAUAAUUUAUCCAAUCUCUGAUAGUGAAUGGGUAAGUCCGGUUCAUGUUGUGCCAAAGAAAGGUGGGAUGACAGUAGUUAGAAAUUCAAAUAAUGAGUUGAUUCCCACUAGGACGGUUACGGGGUGGAGAAUGUGUAUUGACUAUCGGAAAUUAAACAAAGAAACUAGGAAAGAUCACUUCCCACUUCCAUUCAUUGAUCAGAUGUUAGAAAGGUUGGCAAAACACUCCUAUUUCUGUUUUCUAGAUGGGUAUUCCGGUUUUUAUCAAAUCCCUAUACAUCCAAAUGACCAGGAAAAAACCACGUUUACAUGUCCUUAUGGUACCUUUGCCUAUAGGAGAAUGCCUUUUGGUCUUUGCAAUGCACCAGCUACCUUUCAACGUUGUAUGAUGGCUAUUUUUUCUGAUAUGAUUGAGAAUAUUAUGGAAGUUUUUAUGGAUGAUUUUUCAGUCUAUGGUACUAACUUUGAUACUUGCUUGUCCAAUUUGGUUAAUGUUCUGCAGAGAUGCGAAGAAACAAACUUGGUUUUAAACUGGGAAAAAUGCCACUUUAUGGUAAGAGAAGGCAUUGUGCUAGGACAUUUGGUUUCAGAGCGAGGAAUUGAAGUAGACACGGCAAAGGUGGAAGUAAUUGAAAAUCUACCUCCACCGACAAACGUUAAGGGAGUGCGAAGUUUUUUAGGACAUGCAGGAUUCUACCGGCGUUUCAUCAAAGAUUUUUCAAAGAUCUCUAAACCUUUGACAAAUUUGUUAAUUAAGGAAACUGAAUUUCUUUUUGAUGAAAAUUGUUUGGAUGCUUUUUCCAGGUUGAAGGAAGCUUUGAUCUCAGCUCCGAUAAUGCAAGUUCCCGAUUGGACCUUACCUUUUGAAAUCAUGUGUGAUGCGAGUGACUAUGCAGUGGGAGCAGUCUUGGGACAAAGAAGAGACCGGAAGGUACAUGCGAUCUAUUAUGCUAGCCGAACUCUGGAUGAUGCUCAGAUGAACUACGCAACUACGGAGAAGGAACUCUUAGCAAUUGUUUUUGCCUUGGAUAAAUUCAGAUCAUACCUCGUUGGCUCUAAGGUUAUUGUUUACACAGAUCACGCGGCCAUAAGAUAUCUAUUGAGCAAAAAGGAUGCUAAGCCAAGGCUCAUAAGAUGGAUUCUUCUUUUGCAAGAAUUUGAUUUAGAAAUAAAGGAUAAGCAGGGAACUGAGAAUGUGGUAGCGGAUCACUUAUCAAGACUAUAUCAGGGACAGAGUGGGACCAAGGAGGAAGAUCUUCCAAUUGAUGACUGUUUUAUAGAUGAACAUCUCCUUGCUAUAAAAAGGAUUGAUUCUCCAUGGUACGCAGACUACGCAAAUUUUCUUGCUUGUGGAAUUUUACCUCAUCAGAUGAGUUACCAACAGAGAAAGAAGUUUUUUGGCGAUAUCAAGAGCUAUGUAUGGGAUGAUCCACUGCUUUUCAAGAAGUGUGCUGAUACUAUUUACAGGAGAUGUAUUGCCUCUCCGUAUCACCCCCAAACCAGUGGACAAGUGGAAGUAUCAAAUAGAGAAAUCAAAAGCAUUUUAGAGAAAACUGUGAAGCAUUCACGAACAGAUUGGUCAGAAAAAUUGGAUGACGCUCUAUGGGCAUAUCGGACAGCUUACAAGACUCCUAUUGGUAUGACGCCGUUUCGCUUGGUGUAUGGGAAAUCUUGUCAUCUUCCUGUAGAGUUGGAACACAAGGCUUUCUGGGCAAUACAAUUAUUGAAUUUCGAUCUAAAGAAUGCCGGAGAGAAAAGAAGGCUUCAGGUUGAUGAACUAGAAGAACUCCGACUUGACGCUUAUGAGCAUGCAAAAUCCUAUAAAGAAAGGACUAAGCGUUGGCAUGAUCAACACAUUAUGCGUAGGGAAUUCCAAGAGGGUGAUCUUGUAUUAUUGUUCAACUCUCGAUUGAAACUCUUUCCAGGAAAGCUUAAAUCCAGAUGGUCGGGUCCUUUUGAAGUGAAGAAAGUUUAUCCUUAUGGAGCUGUGGAUAUAUCGAAUGAAACCACCGGAGUCUUCAAAGUGAAUGGAACAACUGCCCAGGUAACAGAGGAGAACACGGCCGUGCAAAUUUCAAACACGCCCGUGUUGGUUGCUGUCAGAUUCAUGGCGAAUACUAUUUUUGGGAGAGGGGACAGUGUUGGGGUAGCCAGGCUAAGUGAAUUGCAGUUUUUUUGGGCCAUGAUUAAUGAUGUUAAAAUUGAUUCUGGAGCUCACCUAGUUAGACAUUUUGUGAAAAUUGGGAAUAGCUCGACUGGAGUAAUUGUUAUUGGAGGACUUUUGACUAAGAUUGCAUUAGCUUUAGGGUGUGAGUUGGAUGGAUUGGAGACUUGCCCGGAUGUUAGGACCCAAGAUCUACCCACAGUAGGAGAGCCAUCUAUUCCACCGCAUGUACCGGAUUUCGUACAUCGUUUGAGGAUUUCAGAGAAAAGCAUACUGCGGAUAGAAACAUGUGGGAGCAGUUUGCUCAUACUUCAGAGGAGCAUUAUGAGCGAGUUGACAGCAAUCAAUCAGCUCACCUCGCAACUUGCCGAUAAAGAACGCGAACUGGAGCGCCUGUCCAGGGAUCGGGCUCAUCUGUUGGCUGCCUUGCAUAACAUGGACGCCCUGUAUCGUCUCAUAAAAUCUCGCGUGCAUGCAGAAAAGGCAAUGAAAGACGAAUACCAGUUUGAUCUGCAACACCAAAUUAGCCGCCAAGACCGUUUGCAACGAGAGCAUGAGACAGAGUUAUCUCUCCUCCGUUCAGGCCUUGAGGAUAAGCAACGUACUAUCACUCAGCAGCAGGCUGUCAUCAGCUCUUUGCGCGCGGAGCUGGCUCAAGCUGUGAACGCCCCCGAAUCUCCCGACACGUCUUCACGCGGAAGUGCUCAUUCCCCAGGGCCCAUCUUUUCCCCGAGUUCAAGCUGGCCUGGGGAAUAG